AUGGCCGCGAUCAUGAAGCACUUUGGGGUGGAAGCUCGGGCGCGACGUUAUGACCCUCACAGCAGGUAUGGAGGGCAUGGUGGACAGAGCUUGGCGAUGGGCCUGCCAGAAACCGGCGCAUCCAUCCUGGGGUAUCAUGGCGUGCAGUGCACCGUCCAACGGCCCAGCCUAGGAGAUGGUCUGGUGGGCGUGUCCAAGUUAGAGCUUGAGAGCCCAUCGCUGCUGGACACCGAACGCACCCUUCCCUGGAGCAAGGGACCCAAGCAGAUCCGAGAUCGCUCCGAGCUGUUUCAUGUGGCGGAGUUUCUGGAGCGGCAGGUCGAGCCGCAGUGUGUCACCAAGAGCCGGCGGUGCCCUGGGGUGGUGGACACCAAAUACCUUCUACCGGUAGUGGGCCUACUGCACACGAAGCAGAAAACCAUUGUGGAGCAUGACCCAGAAGCUCAGUCGGGCCAGGUGGAGCUUCUGAUUAGCCGAGUGGAAGGCGCGGCCAAUCUCCGUCGCGUGCCCAUCACUUGCGGCUGGUGCCGCCGCGGCUGCAAGCGCUGUUCGAAGAACAAAGGGCGGGGAGGACUGUGCAAAUCCAUCGAUGAGAACAUCAAAAUGAAGCGUCUGGCGCGGCGUCGUGAGGCCGUGCAAGAGCUCCCGGAGGCCCUUGCAUUGGAGGAUCUGCACUACAAGGGGCUGUCUCUGGCAGACUAUCUGGACACUCUGAGGGAUGUGCAGGAAGAGAAACCACAUGAGGGCCUGUCUCUGUCAGACUAUCUGCCGCAGCAAGAUGAACCAUACCAGGUGAGCGAGUGCUCCUUUAUUUUGGUGGACGAUGAUGUCCAGUCCUGCCACAGUUGGACCAUGAUUUGA